AUGGUUAUCCGGGCAGCAGGGCUGGAGAGACCGCCAGGGAGCAUAGUCGCCAGUCCAGCACCGAGACUCGCCUGGCCAUUGACUGCGCCGCACACUUGCCAGGAUUGCCAAACAUUCCUGAAAAAUAUACCUGCUAUUUAUGGCAUGUGGCUUGUAACUUUACUCCUGCUGUACUCUCUCCGGGAAGUACACAGUGAGGAUGUGGGCUCUACCAGGCUGUACUUUGUGAACGCGUCCCUCCAGAGGCUGACCUACUCCAGCUCGGUGGGGGUGUCUCUGCCCUGCCCGGCGGGCGGCACCCCCACCGCCAUCCUGCGCUGGUACCUGGCCACCGGCGAUGACAUCUACGACGUGCCCCACAUCCGCCACGUCCAUGCCAAUGGCACCCUCCAACUCUACCCCUUCUCACCCUCCGCCUUCAACUCCUACAUCCACGACAACGACUACUUCUGCACCGCAGAAAACCAGGCUGGCAAGAUCCGAAGCCCCAAUAUCAGAGUCAAAGCUGUGUUCAGGGAGCCGUAUACGGUGCGUGUGGCAGACCAGCGCUCCAUGCGGGGCAACGUGGCCGUGUUCAAGUGCCUCAUUCCCAAUGCCGUGCAGGAGUACGUCAGCGUGGUGUCCUGGGAGAGAGACACUGUCUCCAUCGUCCCAGGUAACAGGUUCUUCCUGACGUCCUUUGGUGCUCUGUACAUCUCAGAUGUCCAGAAGGAGGAUGCCCUCUCCACCUACCGCUGCAUCACCAAGCACAAAUACAGCGGAGAGACACGUCAGAGCAAUGGAGCCAGGCUGUCUGUCAUGGACCCCACCGAAUCGUCUCCCUCUAUCCUGGACAGUUUCCAGGCGGGGGAAGUCCCGGCUGGUCAGAGUGUGGAGCUCCCCUGCAUGGCAGCAGGGUACCCCAGCCCCACGGUGCGCUGGCUAAAGGACGGGCGCCCGCUGCCCUCCGAUGCACGCUGGACACGGCGCCUCACGGGUCUGACCAUCAGUGACCUCAGGCAGGAGGACAGCGGUAGCUACGCCUGUGAGGUCACCAACAGCUUCGGCUCGAAGGAGGUGUCCGGAGCACUCUAUGUCAUAGACCCCCUGCGAGUGACCCUCUCCCCUAAGAGUCUGAAGACGGGCAUCAGCAGUACCCUGUUCUUUACCUGUGCUGUGGAGGGUUCGCCAGAGUACACAGUGGCUUGGUACAGGAACACAGAACCUAUAGUCCCAGACCAGCACAUCUCUAUACAGGGCUCCCACAACGACACCCUGCAGAUCACAGCCGCUCAGAAGAGCCACUCUGGGGCCUACCAGUGCUUUGCCUCCCGCAAGGGCCACACCGCCCAGGACUUCUCUAUCAUACUGCUGGAGGACGGCACUCCUCGUAUCGUGUCUUCCUUCAGUGAGCGCGUGGUCGCCCCCGGUGAGCCCUUCUCCCUGAUGUGUGCCUCCAAGGGAGCCCCACCCCCCUCCAUCACCUGGACGCUGGACGACGAGCCUGUGGUGCGAGACUCCGCCUACAAGACCAGCCAGUACACCCUAUCAGACGGCCUGACCGUGUCACAUGUCAACGUCAGCAGCCCGGCCAUCCGUGACGGGGGAGUGUAUCGCUGCGCUGCACGCAACUCGGCCGGUAGCGCCGAGUACCAAGCGCGCAUAAACGUAAGAGGUUCUCCUAGGAUCAGAGAGAUGCGUGACAUCACGGCUGUGGCAGGAAGGAACACCUUUAUAACCUGUCGUGUGAUUGGUUACCCCUACUACUCUAUCAAGUGGUUUAAGGACGGCAUGCUGCUGCCUGACAACCAUCGCCAGGUGGUGUAUGAGAAUGGAACCCUAAGGCUGAGUGAUGUGCAGAAGGGCAUGGACGAGGGUACCUACCUGUGUAGUGUGCUUAUACAGCCACAGACCUCCAUCGACCAGACUGUCCACGUCACUGUCAAAGUGCCACCCCUGAUCCAGCCCUUCGACAUCCCCUCCACGUCGGUGGGAAAGCUGAUGUACAUCGCCUGCGUGGUGUCGUCAGGUGACAUGCCCAUCCGCAUCACCUGGCACAAAGACGGGCAACUCAUCGUGCCUGGUUCCGCCUCUGGUGUUGGCAUAGAGACCAAGGAAUUCAUGAGCUCCUUGCAGAUCUCCAAGGUGACGCUGAAGCACAACGGCAACUACACCUGCAUCGCUAGCAACGCCGCGGCAACCGUCAGCUGGGAAAGACAGCUGGUCGUCACCGUUCCCCCUCGCUUCGUGGUCCAGCCCAACAACCAGGAUGGGAUCUAUGGGAAGGCAGGAGUACUAAACUGUUCUGUGGAGGGAUACCCCCCUCCCAAAGUCAUGUGGAAACACGCCAAAGGUAUAGGGAACCCCCAGCAGUACCACCCUGUGCCUCUGACUGGUCGGAUCCAGAUCAUGUUCAACGGCUCCCUGCUGAUUCGGCACGUCCUAGAGGACGACCGGGGAUACUACCUCUGUCAGGCCUCCAAUGGAGUGGGCUCUGACAUCAGCAAGAGCAUGGUCCUCACCGUCAAGAUUCCAGCCAUGAUCACGUCGCACCCCAACACCACCAUGGCCAUCAAGGGCCAGAUGAAGGAGCUGAACUGCACAGCGCGGGGCGAGCAGCCCAUCAUCAUCCGCUGGGAGAGGGGCGACACUGUCAUCGACGCCGAGAGGAACCCCCGCUACUCCAUCACCAUCAACAAGAAAGGGGACGAGGUCAUCUCCACACUCAAGCUGAAGCCAGCGGAGCGCGGGGACUCAGUCUUCUUCUCCUGCCACGCCAUCAACUCAUACGGAGAGGGGCGAGGACUCAUCCAGCUUACCGUGCAAGAGCCUCCUGACCCUCCUGAGUUGGAGGUGAGAGAGGUGAAGGACCGCAGUAUGAACCUGCGCUGGAUCCAGAGGUUCGAUGGCAACAGCAUCAUCACCAGCUACGACAUCGAGUAUAAGAACAAGUCUGAUACUUGGGAUCACAAGUACACCACCAGGAACAUCUCCCCCACUAACAACCAGGCUAACAUCGUGGAGCUGCACCCUGCCUGUGUCUACAGCAUCCGCAUGUACUCCUUCAACAAGAUCGGACGCAGCCAGCCUAGCAAGGAGCUCACCAUCAGCACUGAGGAAGCACAACCUGAUGGGCCCCCUAUGGAAGUGAUCCUCCAACCAAUGACGUCUCAGAGCAUACGGGUCACAUGGAGGGCACCCAGAAAGGAGCUUCAGAACGGGUUGAUCCGGGGGUACCAGAUCGGUUACCGUGAGAACGGGCCGGGCAGUAACGGCCAAUACAGCAUUGUGGAGAUGAAGGCCACAGGGGACAGUGAGGUGUACACCCUGGACAACCUGAAGAAGUUUGCCCAGUAUGGAGUGGUGGUCCAGGCCUUCAACAGGGCUGGCACUGGUCCCUCUAGCACUGAGAUCAACGCUACCACACUGGAGGAUGUGCCCAGCCAGCCGCCCCAGAAUGUGCGGGCUAUCUCGGUGACCUCAGACGAGGCGGUGAUCACAUGGGCGGAGCCACCGCGUCUAACGCUGCAUGGCGUGUUGAAGGGCUACCGUGUGGUGUUCUGGUCCCUCUUCCCCGACGGAGGUGGGUGCUGUGGGGGCCAGGCACAGGGGCCGAUGCAGAAAUGGGGAGAGAUGCAAAACAUCACUACAACUCGUGAGCAGGUGGAGCUGAGAGGGCUGGAGAAGUUUACUAACUACAGUGUCCAGGUGCUGGCCUACACACAGGCUGGGGACGGAGUCAGGAGCAAUGUCCUGUACAUCCAAACCCGCGAGGACCUCCCAGGUCCUCCAGCUGGUAUCAAAGCCGUGCCCUCAUCUCCCAACAGUGUGGUCGUGUCCUGGCUGCCCCCCCUUAAACCCAAUGGUGUCAUCCGCAAGUACACCAUCUACUGCUCCAGCCCAGGCUCCGGACAGCCGGCUCCCAGUGAGUAUGAGGCCAACCCAGAGAUGUUGUUCUACAGGAUCACCCAUCUGACCCGCGGUAAACAGUACCUCAUCUGGGCCUCCGCCGUGACAACUGCUGGCCGCGGCAACAUCAGCGAAAAGGUCACCGUGGAGCCUGCUGGGAAAGCCCCAGCUAAGAUCCUGUCGUUCGGGGGCACAGUGACUACUCCCUGGGUGAAGGAGGUCCGUCUGCCCUGCAGCUCAGUGGGAGAACCCACCCCCACCAUCAAAUGGACCAAAGACAGUGAGGACUCGACUAUCCCUGUGACUGUGGACGGGCAGCGUCAGAUCCUGUCCAACGGUACUCUGGUGUUACGUUCCGUCAAAGCUGAGGAUUCUGGGUACUACACGUGCACGGCCACCAACACCCUGGGCUUUGACACCAUCAUAGUAAACCUACUGGUGCAAGUUCCUCCAGACCAGCCCCGUCUGACCGUCUCCACCACCUCCACCUCUUCCAUCACCCUGGCCUGGAUCCCUGGUGACAACGGAGGCAGCUCCAUCAGAGGUUUUGUCCUGCAGUACUCAGUGGACAACACAGAGGAGUGGAGGGAUGUGUUCAUUAGUUCCAGUGAGCGUUCCUUCAGGCUGGACAACCUGCGCUGUGGGACCUGGUACAAGGUCAAACUGGCAGCCAAGAACAGUGUGGGCUCAGGACGCAUCUCUGAGAUCAUCGAGGCUAAGACCCACGGACGAGAGCCCGUGUUCAACAAGGAGCAGCCCCUGCUCACCCACAUCAACUCCACCCACGCGGGGCUCAACCUGCAGGGCUGGACCAGCGGCGGCUGCCCCAUCACCGCUCUGCUGCUGGACUUCCGGCCCAAGGGCACGUGGGCCUGGCAGAGCCUGAAGGCCAAUGCCACGGCCCAGCUAUUCCUCAGCGAGCUGCGGGAGGCCACCUGGUACGAGCUGAAGAUGAAGGCCUGUAAUAGCGCCGGCUGUGGGAACCAAAGCUCCCAGUUUGCCACCACAGACUAUGACGGCAGUACCAUCCCUCCUAUAAAUUCGGCCCAUGAGGACAGAGAUGAUGUGAAGAAGCUGUUCUCCAUCGGUUCUCCUGUCAUCCUGGUCACCCUGGGCGUCGCCCUGCUCUUCAUCAUCCGCAAGAAACGCAAGGAGAAGAGACUCAAACGACUCAGAGAUGCUAAGAGCCUUGCAGAGAUGCUUAUCAGUAAGAACAACCGCAGCAUGGACACCCCAGUGAAGGGUCCUCCCCAGGGCCCUCGGCUCCACAUCGACAUCCCUCGUGUCCAGCUGCUCAUCGAGGACAAGGAGGGCAUCAAGCAGAUAGGUGAGGACAAGGCAGUGGCACCAGUGACGGACACAGAGUUCAGCCAAUCAGUGAAUCCACAGAGCUUCUGCACGGGUGUGUCUCUGCACCAUCCUGCCCUCAUCCAGAACACAGGGCCCUUGAUUGACAUGUCAGACAUCCGCCCUGGAACCAAUCCAGUGUCGAGGAAGUGUGUGAAGUCAGCCCACAGCUCCAGAAACCGCUACUCCAGCCAGUGGACCCUGAGCAGGCCGGGCCAGAGCCAAUCAACAGCCUCCGCAAGGACUCUGACCUCUGACUGGCGCACCAUGGGCUCCCACGGCAUCACCGCUACCGAGAGUGACAGCUACAGCGCCAGCCUGUCCCAGGAUACUGACAAGGGUCGUAACAGCAUGGUGUCCACAGAGAGUGCGUCGUCUACGUAUGAGGAGCUGGCGCGGGCCUACGAACACGCCAAACUGGAGGAGCACCUGCAGCAUGCCAAGUUCACCAUCACAGAGUGCUUCAUCUCCGACAGCUCCUCUGACCAGAUGACCACGGGCACCAACGACCCGGCCGACAGCAUGACAUCACUCAGCACCCCAUCCGAGACAGGCCUGUGUCGCUUCACCGCCUCGCCACCCAAACCCCAGGACUACGACCGUGGCAGACCUACCAACGUGGCCGUGCCCAUCCCCCACCGUGCCAACAAGAGUGAAUUUUGCAACCUCCCGCUCUACAUGAAGACGGAUCCUUUCUUCCGGAAGCAGGCAGAACUGCAUGACCCAUGCCCUGCGGUCCCGCCCAGGGAGGCCUCCAUCCGCAGCCUGGCACAGCGGGCGUACCACACCCAAGGACGUCACAUGACUCUGGACCCGUCCAAGCAACAGGCCCUGACGCUAGGCCACUCUGGGUUGGGCAGUCUGGGCGUGAGCUCAGGCACUGCCACCCUGCCCCAGAGGACUCUCACCAUGCCCUGCUCCAACCCUGCAGCCACAGCCUCCACUUCCAGCACCAGCAGCAACCCCACUGGCUCCAGCACAAAGAUGGGGGGCUCCAGAGACUCACUGCUAGAGAAUAGCUCCUCAGCGCUGGGUAGACUGCAGAAGCAAGGGGUUGGGGCCUACUCUAAGUCUUACACACUGGUGUAGCUACUAGUCCCCCUUCUCUCUCUCAAAGACUAAACACUCCUGUCUGGCCCGGUCCCGGCCCACACCCAGCCCCACACCAGUGUUCUACACAUCAGGUCAGCGAGGGCAUGCAGUGCAGUGCAGCAGGUGUCCCCAGCUAACUGCUAGCUAACAUCUAAUUACCCAGUAGCGUGAUUAGUCUUUAUUCAGACUUUAGAUUCUGCCUCCCAGGAAUGACCAGAGACCAUUGUAACCUGCCUGAUUCAUGCUCACCUGGACCUGUAUAAAACAAACUACUAUCUCCUACUAACUAUCACUUCUAGCCUGAUGCCACGCUGCUCAAUUUGUGUGUCUGGUGAUGUACACACACACACGCACACGCACGCACACACACAC